UCCUUCUGCUGGGGCAUCUGUGUGUCACCUGCCAGCAGAGAGGAGGAGGAGCUGGAGAUUGCUCAAGGGCUGGUGGCUGGGGUGAGGCUGGAAUUGAGUCAGGCAUCCACACACCUGCCUGUCUGCUCCAGGCAGCUUAAAGCACCAGAAGCUUUGGGUGCUCCUUGGUACCCAUCCGCUGCUGCGUUUCAUACCUGGUUUGAACGCGGGGAAGACCACGAUGGGAGUGUUUUACAGCACAAGCCAGACAGAACCUUCUCCAUGCAACUUACUCACCGUAAAAAUCAUACGGAUGAAAAAUGCCAGGAAAGCAGACUUGUUAACCCAGUCGGAUUGCUAUGUGAGCCUGAGACUGCCAACAGCCUCGGUGCAGAAUUUCCGAACGAAAACAAUUCCUAACACCAAGAACCCAACAUGGAAUGAGACCUUCCACUUUACGAUUCAGAGCCAGGUUAAGAACAUUCUGGAGCUGAAAGUUUGUGAUGAAGACAAUGUAACUCAAGAUGACCAUCUCCUCACUGUUUUCUUUGAUGUAUCCAAAAUCCAGCUUGGAGAAAACAUUCAGCUGAGUUUCCAGCUGAAUCCACAGGGAAAAGAGGAGCUGGAGGUUGAAUUCACGAUGGAGAGUAGUCCGGAUCCUCCUGAAAACAUUGUUACUAAUGGCGUUUUAGUGUCCCGUGAAGUUGCUUGUCUGGAGGUGCAGGUGAAUGGCGGCAGGCUGAGGAAGGAUAGCACAGAGAGGAAAUUUGCGCUGACAGUGGAUGGCUCAUAUGAGGGGAUGCAGACCCACACGCUGAGCUCACGCCUGUGUGCAGCCGCACCAGCAAGGUUCCACUACAUCAAACACCAUCAGUCGGCGCUGACUGUGUCACUGCCACGGCGCAGGCGGCUCAGUAGGUCUGUAUCAAGUCAAAAUGAAAGGGAUAUGAAUGAGUCUGUGACUCUAGCUCUAAACUUGCUUCCUAUACAAGAGAAAAUAACUAUAGCAGAGGACAGGACAAUUGACUUGUACGCAAAAGCAAAUGAAUGGACCCAGGGUUUGUGCUUCAGGCCAAGAAACCUAGAUGCCCGUCUGGGUUUUGACCUGUGCAUGGAUGAAAAGAACUUCCUGCAAAAUCGGAGGAAGGUGGUUGCUGCUGCACUGAAAGAUGUUCUUCAUCUGGAAGAGGACCUACAAGACCAUGAGGUACCUAUAGUGGCUGUGACAACAGCAGGGUGUGGGAUAAGAGCACUGACGGGAAUGUAUGGCAGCAUGUUGGGUCUUCAAAAGUUGCGUGUUCUGGAUUGUGUUUCGUACAUCAGUGGCUCAUCUGGCACAACAUGGACCAUGACAAAAUUGUAUGAAGAUGCUGAGUGGUCGCAUAAGGAUCUCGGAGAAAUAAUUAUUGAAGCUCGGAAGCAAGCAGCCAAGUGCAAGAUGGGUGCUUUUUGCUUGAGAAGUCUGAGGAAUUAUUACAAAGAGCUGAGUCAAAGGACCCAAGCAGGACAUAAAACAUCUUUUAUUGAUCUGUGGGGACUUAUGAUUGAAUCAAUGUUAAAUGACGGGAAAUGCUACCACAGACUUUCUGAUCAACGUCGAGCAGUGAACCAAGGCCAGAAUCCAUUGCCCAUCUACCUUGCCCUGAAUGUCAAGGAUAAAGUUACUACCAAAGAUUUUAGAGAGUGGGUAGAGUUCACGCCCUAUGAGGUGGGCUUCCUGAAGUACGGCGCCUUCAUUCGUGCAGAGGAUUUUGGCAGUGAGUUCUUCAUGGGUCGCUUGAUGAAGAAGCUCCCCGAGUCCCGAAUCUGCUUCAUGCAAGGAAUGUGGAGUAGUAUCUUCUCCAAAAACCUCCUGGAUGCUUGGCAUGCAGCGGACAAUUCAGAGGACUUCUGGCACAGAUGGACCCAAGACAAAGUGACUGAAAUAGAGGAACAACCAGACUUGCCCGAGAAGCCUUAUGAGAUGGCUACGUGCAUGUUCACUCCUACAAGUGGCCUCUCCACGACUCUGCGGGAUAUUCUGACGGACCGCCCUGCUGUCUCCAAGUACCACAACUUCCUGAGGGGCUUCCAGAUGCACAAUGAGUACAUCCAGCACGAACAGUUUGCAAAAUGGAAAGACACUUUGCUGGACACCUCUCCUAAUGAUCUGAGAGGCCACUCAGAACACUUGGAGUUGGUGGAUGCAGCUUUCUUUUUUGAAACUAGCUGUCCACCCCUUAUGAGACCAGAGAGGAAAGUGGAUGUCAUCAUACACUUAAAUUACACUGGUGGAUCGCAGACCUUGCCUCUAAAGCAGGCUUGCAGUUACUUCUCAGAGCAGGGAAUUCCAUUCCCCAACUGUGGGCUGAAGGAUGAUGAGAAGAACCUGAAAGAGUGCUACGUGUUCGAUGGUGCAGACACCCCUGGAGCUCCUCUCCUGCUUUACUUUCCACUAGUGAAUGACAGUUUCCAAAGAUAUGUAGCACCUGGCAUGUCUCGCAGUGCUGCAGAAAUGCAACAGGGCAAGGUUGAUCUCUCCAGUUUCUGCUCUCCAUAUUCAACAAGAGAGGUGUCAUUGAAAGCAGAAGAUUUCAACAAACUCCAGAAGCUGACUACUUACAAUAUCAUGAACAAUGAGAAUAUGAUUCUUCAGGCCUUGCGCAUGGCUGUGGCUCGGAAGAAGCAGGCUCCGAGCCAGCCUAUAUCACAGACACAGGCCACUAGUUGAACAGUAUUUCCUCUCUUACUAAGUAUUUAUCACAACUACGCAGAAUUAUCUAUCAAAUGCAAUAGCUACUUCACUCAUCUUGGGGAGUGCCAUUUAUUUCCAUAUAGCCCUCUCAUAAAAAAACUCCAAAACUUGAAAUACUUCAGAGCUGCACAGUUCAGUUCACUAAGAAAAGUUGCUAUUUUUGAUCAGGAAUUUUGAUAUCAGAUAGACUGGUCUGAUGUUAAUACCAUCAUAUUGUUAUGCACAGAAUGCAAAUUCAGCUGUGUCUGAUAGGGAAGUAGUUUUAACUUUUCCUCUACAUUCUCUUAUUGUUUUGGUGGUUAGUAUUUUUUCUUAUGCAAAAUAUUCUAGCAUUUCAUUGGGACUGCAGGUAGCAAAUUCAUGAAGCCCAUAGAAGGUGGUGACCAAGCAGUAUCAAUUAAAAUAUUUUACUUGGUUCUAAUAACUUGAAUUAAAUGGUGUUCUACCUCAUAAUAGUUUUGUUUCUCACAUAUGUUUUUUGUCAUUAAUUGUCAUGAGUUAUCAUAUCAUACUUAAUUUUUCAGAUGUGUUGAGUGAUGGAUAUAUAUAUAUAUAUAUAUAGACGGUGGCCUUUAGGUCUUCAGUGACACUUCUUUUUAUCAAUUAAAUAUACUUCUGAAUUUGUUUUGAAAGGCUAUUACCAUUUUAUCCCACAAUAACCAUGUUCUGUCUCAGAUCGCAUACGUGUGCUGCAGAUAUCUCCCCGGAAAGCAAUUUUGCAUUGUCCAUUGGAAUUUGUUUGGUGUAGUGAGUUGAAAUAUUACCAAAACAAAUAGCAUGUGAGGGGAACGGUGGGGUUUAUGGUAAUGGCAUACACAGAAUCACACUGUUGAAACGGAAUGAGGUGUUUUUUUGUUUGCCGUUUCACACUUGUUAAACAACUAUAAAAAGUGCAAUACAGCAGAUAGGUAUGCUAGUAAAAAAUAAUAUGCUACAAUUACCACGGACUAACCUAGUCAUUUGACAAGUACAUUGAAAUACAGUGGCUAAGGGGGAAAAAAAAGCUGGUUUAAAUGCACAUAAACGCAUGACAACUCUCAAACAUCAGCACAACUACCGCAGAACAGAUGAAGAAACAUCCAGAUCAUUCCCUGGGAAUGCACUAAAUGAUGUGUGCACACACCUGAUGAGGGCAACUUGAUGAGCAAUCCAUAAACAAAACAGAGCAUUACUUUUCAAGCUGCACAUGAGACCAGUUUGUAACACAGGAAGUGAUUUUGUUUAU